CUGGUUUCUCACAGACAAGACUCGCUCACAAGGUCAUUUCUCUCCUCUCUGAAACGGAUAACGUUCGCCCUUCCCUCUUCUCCUCCUUUCCCUUCAAAAACCUAAAUAUUUAGGGUUUUAGAAACUAAAAAUCUUCAAUUGUUUACAGAAAUGGCCAUGUCUUUGAGUUGUUCGUGUUGGUCUACUGUUAUGUCUGCAGAUAUAGCGAUUACUAGGUCUACUUCAUCUUUGUCACCAUUAUCUCGUGUUUCUUUUCCUUCUUCGGUUAGCUCAAGAGCUGUUCGUUCUGUAACUUGUGCGGCUGCAUCUUCUUCUCCUACGCCUGCAACACCACGUAAACCAAGAGGGAUUACUAAGCCUAAACCUAUUUCUCCUGCUAUGCAAGAAUUACUUGGAGUUACUGAAAUUCCUCGUACUCAAGCUCUUAAACAGAUUUGGGCUUACAUUAAGGAGCAUAAUCUUCAGGACCCAGAGAACAAGAAAAUCAUCGUGUGUGACGAGAAGCUGAAGAAAAUCUUUGCUGGCAAAGAACGUGUUGGUUUUCUUGAGAUCUCAGGGUUGCUCAAUCCUCACUUCAUCAAGUGAAAUGUAGUGAACCAGUCAGAGGUAUAUCUUGGAGGGUGUUGCAGGCAUUAAAAUGGAGCUACAUGUAAAUGAGCUUUUUUUGUGUUCAGUAGUUGAUCAGUAGUAGUAACAGGGCAGACUUAAGUUGUUCGUAGCUUCCUAUAUUGCUUUAAAUCUCCUUUGGGUUUCAAUCAAACUAGCCUUAGUUUUUAUGUCAAUUUUUGCUCUGGGGUUAUUAUAUAGUUGGUAGACUUUUGAUAUCAAUCCUAUUUUGUUAACUGUUGUCAGUGGUCUGAUUUGAUCAUUCUAUGCUUACCCGUUUGUGGAAUUGACAUCUGCUUCUGCUGCUCUGCGUGGGUUAUGUUAUGACUAUUGGCCUAUAUCUAUUAUUCCA